AAGAUGGAGAGCCCGAAGAAAGCUGAGACAAGACGGCCUGUUCAUACAAGUCAUAGAAAAGAUAGUCAAAAUGACAGUGAAGACGAACUCCUACCACCGAGCCCUAUAGACAUCGCUACGGAGCCAGCAUUGUCACCGGAUUUCAACUUCCCCGAUGCCCAAGAGCUAAGAAGGAUUGAGUCAGAUACUCACAACCGUCUCAAAGCUAUCCUAGAGGUAGCUGGAGUCACUGGACUCUCCCAGAUAGAUGCUAGGACCUUCCAAGAUCCGGAAAUUCUCAGGAAAUUGACUAAUAGUGUUAGCACUGCCUUGGACGAAGCUGCAACUGCUCUGACUCGUAUGAAAUCAGAGAAGCAAUCGUACGAGGCAUUCCUAAGAGGAGCAAAUCAAGCUCCCUCCCCGAGUCAGCAGGAACCUACCAGCAAUGCUCAAACUAGGUACAAAACCAACAGUGCCCCCUCAACCAAACAACCUAAACCUCCACAGUCUUCAGUCGAUCCAAGAGCUGAAACACCGCCAUUAUCAAUGCAGGCUGUUCCGACAAGACAAUCUUCAAAAUUGGUACCUCAAAAUCAACCCAAACCUGGUUCUCAGAUAUUUGCGGAUCCUAGAGCUGAAACGCCACCCUUAUCACCUGGUCUUGCUAAGACGACUGGUUCUGCACGACAGACAUCAAAGCCUCAACCACACCCUGUAGCAGUGGAGAGCGGUGAUGACACGCCGCCAUUGGUGUCCCCUUCACACCAGACGCAGAGUCUACAACAACAAGCCUCUGACAGUAUGCAGAGCCUACAGAGACUGCUCACUCAAGGCCACACUAUCCAAGAUGCCACAGAGGAUGGUGAGAGCCUCCUGUCUCUGGCCUGCUCUGCUGGCUACUAUGAGCUCGCCGAGGUCUUGCUCAGAAUGAGAGCCAGUGUAGAGGAUAGAGGUGUCAAAGGUGACUCCACUCCACUCAUGGAGGCUGCCUCCGGAGGCUACUCAGAUAUUGUCAAGCUCCUGAUCGAUCAUGGAGCCAAUGUCAACGCCAAAUCCAGUGUGGGUAACACGGCUCUCACGUAUGCCUGUUGUGGAGGCUAUGAGGAGGUGGUGAGGAUACUACUAGAGGCUGGGGCUGACGUGGAACAUCAGAAUGAGAAUGGACACACACCGCUCAUGGAGGCUGCAUCUUGUGGGCAUGUCGGAGUUGCCAAGCAGUUAUUAGAUCAUGGAGCCAACAUCAAUACUCAUUCCAACGAGUUCAAAGAGAGUGCCCUCACCCUGGCCUGCUACAAAGGCCACCUAGAGAUGGUCAAGUUCCUGCUCAGUGCUGGAGCUGACCAGGAGCACAAGACUGAUGAGAUGCACACCGCACUCAUGGAGGCUUCCAUGGACGGCCAUGUCGAUGUGGCCAGACUCCUGCUAGAUCACGGAGCACAGGUCAACAUGCCAGUGGACAGUUUUGAGUCUCCCCUCACCCUGGCUGCUUGUGGCGGCCAUUAUGAGCUGGCUGCAUUGCUUAUAUCAAGGGGCGCUGAUCUGGAGGAGGUCAACGAUGAAGGUUACACUCCGCUAAUGGAGGCAGCUCGUGAGGGUCAUGAGGACGUGGUACAGCUACUAGUGGAGCACGGGGCCAAUGUCAAUGCCCAGACUGAGGAGACUCAGGAGACAGCUCUCACUCUGGCAGCAUGUGGGGGCUUCAUAGAGGUGGCACAAUACCUCAUCGAGCAUGGAGCUGACAUAGAGCUGGGAGCGUCCACUCCUUUAAUGGAGGCCUCUCAAGAGGGCCAUGUGAACAUUGUCAAGUUCCUCGUGGAUAAGGGUGCCCUCAUCAAUGCUGAGACCAACACUGGGGACACUGCCCUCACCUACGCCUGUGCCAAUGGACACACACACAUUGCUGACAUCCUACUCCAGUGCGGUGCUGAAUUGGAGCAUGAGAGUGAGGGUGGGCGUACUCCACUCAUGAAGGCAGCUCGGGCUGGUCACCUCCAGACAGUGCAGUUCCUGGUCUCAAAGGGAGCAGAAGUCAAUCGCCACACAUCCAACAAUGACCACACUGUGCUCUCCCUGGCCAGUGCAGGCGGGCAUAUCAGCGUGGUGCAGUACCUCUUGAUUAAAGGGGCUCUCCCUUCACACAUGCUCAGAGACAACUCUACGAUGCUCAUAGAGGCAUCUCGUGGUGGCCAUGCCAACGUAGCCAACCUCCUGCUGAGACAACCUCGGCACAUGCCUCGUAAACUACCGUCCCCUGAGCCAGCACCACAGGUCACCUCCACCAGUCGAGAGUAUGGGCCUGGCGAGAGGAAGGGGCUGAUAAGAAAGGCUGAAGUCAACCGGCCAGCCACUAAAGAUCAGGUGGUACCCAAGAGUGGGAUCAAGAGUCUAGCCAGGGACAGCGGGAAUGCUGGUCUGGGCGUCAAGCGAUUGAAAAUGGCCGAACCCGAGUCUUCUGUACGACAGCAAGCAACCUCUCUACCGAAUACAGGUGUUUCUAAAAGUGUUUCAAAACCUAGCACACCUCCUGUGCCUGUACCUGAACGAGGAUCAAGUGUCGAUUUGCCAAUAUCACAACCACCGUUAAUCCAAGGCUUACCCACUCAGCUCCUCAGUCAUCUACCGCCUCCGUCACAAGUGACACACCCACCUGGUUGUCACAUGACAGGAAGUGAUGUCAUCAAUGAGCACCCCACUGCUGAUACAAUCAUCGAAGAGUAUUGGAAACAGAGAAAAAUCUUGGAACCUGGCUCGCAAAAACCACCAACCUCCAUAAUGCCCGUUGGUUUUGAUAACGCAGAUAGUGUUUUCUCAGCCGGUAACUUCAGUUCUUUACCUAUCCCAAGUGGUACAGGGCCAGGCAGAGGGGACCCAAUAGCACCAAGCUCUGUUGACGAACAACAUUCACUUGCCAAUGUUAAUCUGAGUCGAAUCAUUCCCACCCUCGAGGCUCUAGCGGGUUCGUUACAAGACCCUAACUCACUGGAAAGCCGAUACUUGGCUGCACUAGCCACACACACUCAACUGGGCGCGACCUCUGACCCUGCUUUAGGGGAAACCCCUCCCUUGCUCUCAAAUGGGCUUGAUGCUCUACCACACAUGAUGGAAGGUGGUCCUAUACCCAUGGCUGGAUUAGACACACCUGCCCUGCUUUCGAGUGCAGAUAUCGCUUCACUACUGCCAAGUUUGGCAAAUUUCGAUCCUUCAGCUACUGAUUUUCUCUCGCGGCAACUCGAUGAGGGGAGUCUGACUGACACACAGCAACCAAUCUAUCCUUCUAGUUAUUUUCAGACCAUGAAGCAGCUGUCUGAUCGGAUGCAUUUGAUAGCAGCGUCUGUGGGUCGAGGUGAUGUGGAGGAACCACUCGGAGUCAAGUCAGGUCAACAGCCAUCGUCAUCACUGCUCCUGGAUAGCAACUUCUCCAUGGAUGAUAUUCCACCUCCUGACAACUUCAUCCCAGCUGAACACCUAUCUGGCUACGAUGGCUCUGGUUACGAGGAGUCUCUCGACAAUGAGACAUGUGCCUAUCCUACCUCAGACGAGGAGGCAGGAAAUGACGAAGAUGACGAUGGCUUGGAUGGUGAUGAGUCGGACACGAGCUAUAUUGUGCCCGACCUCAGUGUUCUGCCACCGGGCACCUUUGACCCUGCCAUAGACAUUGAGCAGGAGACAGAGUCCAAUCAUGACACUGCACUCACACUCGCUGCAGCAGGUGGUCAUGAUGAGCUGGUAGAGCUACUGCUGGCUCACGGGGCCAACAUAGAGCAUCGGGACAAGAAGGGCUGUACAUCUCUUAUCCUAGCUGCCAGUGCUGGUCAUGCACUCACUGUGGCAAUACUACUCGACCACAGUGCCAAUAUUGAGGCCCAGUCUGAUCGUACCAAGGACACUGCUCUAUCACUGGCCUGUACUGGGGGAAGGCAGGAGGUUGUGGAGCUGUUAUUGGCCAAGGGGGCCAACUUUGAGCACCGCAAUGUCUCAGACUACACCCCUCUCUCCCUGGCAGCCUCGGGAGGCUAUGUCAACAUCAUCAAACUGCUGCUACGUGCUGGAGCAGACAUCAACUCAAGGACUGGUAGUAAGCUGGGCAUCUCUCCUCUGAUGCUGGCUGCUAUGAAUGGCCACACCUCCACUGUCAAGCUGCUACUGGAUAUGGGCAGUGAUAUCAACGCUCAGAUUGAGACCAAUCGUAACACAGCUCUAACGCUCGCCUGUUUCCAAGGCCGUCACGAGGUGGUCACUCUGCUAGUUGAACGACAAGCCAACGUUGAGCAUCGAGCUAAGACUGGUCUCACCCCUCUCAUGGAGGCAGCCUCUGGGGGAUAUCACGAGGUCGGCAAAGUCCUAAUCUCAAAGGGUGCAGAUGUGAAUGCCUCCCCAGUGCCUAGCUCUAAGGAUACGGCUCUGACUAUUUCUGCUGACAAAGGUCACUUCAAGUUUGUGGAGCUCAUUUUGAGACACGGGUCUUUCGUAGAUGUCAAGAACAAGAAGGGAAACUCCCCUCUGUGGCUCACUUGCAAUGGUGGUCAUCUUGAUGUGGUUCGCCUACUGGUUCAGUACGGGGCAGAUGUGGACAGUCAGGACAACAGAAAGAUCACCAGCCUUAUGAUUGCUUUCAAACGGGGUCACCUGAAGGUGGUCAAGUACCUGGUGGAGCAUGUGACUCAGUUCCCCUCUGAUUCUGAGCUCACCAGAUUCAUCUCUAACAUCACUGACAAGGAUCUGCUCAAGAAGUGUCAGCGUUGCAUGGAGGUCAUCAUCGAUGCCAAGGAGAGACAGGCGGCAGAGGCUAACAAAAAUGCCACCAGUCUACUAAUGGAAAUUGACCAGGAGAAGAAACACGAGGAGGAUCGGAAGGCUGCAGCUGCUCGCAAGAGGGCUAAGAAGAAGAGGCAGAAGGAAAAGAAACAGGCUGCAAUCAAGGCUCAGAAGGAUACAUCUGAUGACAAAUGUGAUGAUGGUGGGAGUGGGGAUUCCCCUCAGGAGAACGAGCCAGGUGAACCUGAUGAUUUUGUAGAAGAGGAUCUCCCUGAGCCGGUGGUGCCAUCUCAGAACAGCAGACUGCCUCUCCAGGACACCCAAAUCACACCUCCGUCUAAACCAGACACAACUGACACCUCCUAUCGGCAAAACAAGAGAAAUACGAGCGUCUCCAGUGAUCCAGGAAACAACAAGAAGUCAGGAGGGCAGAAUAAAACAAUCGAAACCAACAAACCACUCCGUAUUCAAGACAUUUCAAAGGAGACUGAAAAUCGAGUUAUUCUCAGUAAAUCUCCAUCUCUCAAAAAUAUGGAACGGCCAGUCUCGAUUCUGCCCCCCAAGAGAGAGCUGAGUGAUCAGAGCUUGGGUGCCAGGUCGACCAAUAGGAAGACUCGUACUACAGCGUUGAAACCUCAGGGGAUGACCACACCCACUAGCAGCCCUCGUAAGGGGAGGAGGGAAGAGGGAUGGAAGGAAGUAGGGAGAAGGACCAAAAAGAUCAGUAUUCCUCUGAGUGUGUUUGGUCAGAUUGUGGGCAAGAGCAGUGCCAACCUCAACGCCAUCAAGCAGGGCACCAACACAGCCAUUGAGAUUGACAAGGUCUCCAAACAGUCUACCAACAGAUCCCUCACCAUCAGGGGCUCUACUGACGCUGUGAAGCUAGCACAUCAGUGUAUAACCUCCCUCACCAAAGACCCCAGCCAAGAGCUACCACAGCUCAUCCGUAGGAUCACUGGAACACCACCUAUUACCACAGCCGCUCAGAAACGCUAUGUACCUCCGUCAAGCGAUCCUAAUCCAACUCUGUACCCCUACGAUGAGUUACCGGGUGCUCCACCAGCUACUGGGAACGCUACAGCACAUGCGUACACUUCUGUGUCUUCUCCCAUCACUGUGACAGCAAGCAUCAGCAACCCUGCUAGAUCACUACAGAAGAAAUCGAGUAGUUCUCAGAUUGUGCCUAGUGGAGUCACACCCGUGGCUGGUAGCAAUAAGAGUAAGGCUAAUACUACAGUUAUUAUGGCCUCACACGAGAAGGCUGUCAUUGACACAAAGCCCACGUUUGUUACGAACGUUGUACCAACAUCUCGUGCCUCGGUUAUCGGCACUACAAUGUCUGCUCAAGGUCUACCCUCAGGUCCUGCUCCUGUACUAGCGAGGAGCUCUUCAGCUGGGAGUACCGUACAGCCAGCCACUUCUGGUGCUGUACGUAAGCUCUUUGUUACAUCCACUCAACCUGUGAAGCCACCACCAGCAUCGAGGGCUCCAUUUUCAAACAGCUCCAAGACGAUUCUAUCUCGUUCAAAUUCAAAACCUAUCAUAACUCAAGAUACUAGUACUGUCGUGAAAUCUAGCAGCACUGAGUCAAAUUGUAAACCUACUAACAAUACGUAUCCUCAACAAGUCCCUGUUAGUACAGCUAGCAAGACCAUGUCCUACUCUCGAAUUAUAGCCCCUCAAGAAAGCAUCAGAGGUCAGCCUAAUGAAGUGAUUGAACAGCCAGUCCAACAGAUCAUGAAAUCACCCACCUUCUUUCAAGAAGCUGCCACACAGAUCUCAAAACCAAAGAAAAUCUCGACGUAUUCGGAUGCAGUUGGAAAGAAGUACCAAUCAGCCAUGGCUAGUGGAGUGAGCUGCAAUAACUUUGGUAACGAGAACGCUCGCAUGAUGGGAUCAACUGGAAGUGUGUAUCCACCAUCUUCUAGUGUUGGUGGAGUCUCUCCAGCUCAGACCCAGUCAACUAAGAUGAACCUAGCUCCUGGAACUAGGCCUGUGGGUGACAAUGAUAAGCCUGUAACCUCCCUUGCUGACAAGCGUAAUGGCAGUAACACUCGUAGUGUCCCCUGGGGUGAUCUGGUGGACAAGACCUCACCAGACUAUCACCAACAAGGCUUUGAGGAUGAGAACAAAGACAAGCUCUCUCCACCUUCCUCUGGCCUUGGACCUAUAGGACCACCCAGCAAGUCAUGCAAGCCACUGAGCACUACCCCAGUAUCAGCGGUCAAGAGUGGCCCUCGUAGCUACAGCCCCAGCUCUAGCAGACCCAGUCCAGCCGGUGUGAGCGCCUCUCCUCAAAGAGCUGAGUUAUCCCCGGCAGCCAAGAGCCCUCUACUGGGACCAGCCCCUCCAGGCCUACUACCGCCGCCUGAUAAAGGCUAUGGCAGCUCAUUUCGACCUAUCCAUGGAGUGGAGUACUCGUCCCAGGCUGACACUCCUGGGUCCUCGAGUAAUAACAGCUUUCAGACUCUUGUACCCACCCCUGUACGAAACCAACGCCCACCACUUCUAGCCACACCCCCUGGACUAUCCAUGUUACAGCAAGGUGUUCGCCCUGGUUCAAUCACACCCUUAGCAUCACCAGACAAGAUCUCUCCAAAUAAGAGUCCUCCUCACCCAUCCAUGAACAAGGGCUUCAAUCCAAAUGCUCCUUCGUUUGUCCCCAUGGCUCUUCAGCCAGGCCCAAGACCAUCUGUGGUAACGACCAGUUCUAUCCUAGGGGCUCCCCCUACUGUCAAGUACCAUAGUUUUGGUCCACCCACUGCCGUUGCUGGGGGCAACUCGAUCCUCGGUGCCCCUCAAAUGCCUCCAAUGUACGGUAACGCAAACACGCAGCCUAGAAUGGUCUCACCCGUGCCGUCAAUUUUCCCUAAUCAACCCCCACCCCCUAAUGUGAUUCAAGCCCCUGGGCCCCCUCAAGGAACCCAACAACAACCACAGCCUGCUGGGGGGCAAACGUCAAUUUUAGGACAGCCUCCCCCGAUAUUUGGGGGGACUAUGUUACCUCAAGGAUUUUCACCAGCAUUACAAAAUCAGCCUCCAAGUGGUAUUUUCGGUGGACCUCAAAUUGAAAACAACCAAGCUCCACCCCAAUCUCUACAGCACCCUCCUCCUCCGUUUGGCAUUAAUUUGAUACCAUUUCAGGUCAAUGGUCAACAACAACCAUCUCAGAAUUUCGUCGGAGUUCAGCCAACACAGGUUUUAGUUUCGACCCCUCUCGCUGACGGAUUCCAAGUUCAAUCUGACGCACAGCAAGUUGGUCAUGCAGUGAUUGUAUCAGCCAACAACAUGGACUUCUCUGCCAAAAUGGUAGGCUCUGCGAUGUAUCCGAAUAAAUCUGGCGAAGCAGUCAUCGAUCUUCGUCAAAUGUCAGCCAACACUGGACUCAGUAUUGGUGUUCCCGGGCCUGUGUUGUUUUCGGCCACCACACACUCUCCCAAUCUCCCCAUUACGUCCCCUGGUGUGUCAGGAGUGAGAACCAACGAUUCUCUGUUCAACUUGAGCAUGGACAGUUUCUCUGGCCUCUACCCAAACACUCAGACAGUGUCUGUGGUAAAGGACCCCAAAGCAGCAGUGGACGCUCUCUACGCCAAGGGCUCUAAAAUGGCCAUGUCAGGGGAGGGUGUGAUGGCUGAUGGUCUGCUACCCAUUGGUACUGAGCGUGCCCAGAAGAGCUCUGCCAUGCCCUCAUUCACUGUGCUAACUCCAGGUAUUCUGCCAUCCAAUGUUUGGAGUUACUCAGGAAGUACUGAAGACAGUGACUGGUCCAAGGUGGGGCCGGUGGAGACCAGUUGGCCUAGCCUGCCUGACUCCACACUCAGCCCUCAUGACACCCUCGAGUCUGUGCUGGGCAGACUGGGCCUGCUUGACUACUAUCAUCUGUUACAGCGUAAUGAAAUUGAUCUGAACGCCCUCAUGCUAAUGAGUGAACAGGACUUUGCUGAAAUUGGACUACCUCCUGGCCCGAGACAAACCCUUCUCCUCGGUAUAGGUCGUGUCCCUACCCUCAACAGCCUGGACAGGCCAGUGUCUAAAGGCAACUCUGAUGGUGGUGGUGUAGGCUCACCUCCCAUCACUCACGACCAAGGCCCACCCUCCAACACACUCGGGCCUGCCUCUGCUUCUCAAUAACAGGAUGUAUGGAUUGGACGUACGUACAGUACUGUAUACCAAUAGAAACUUAAUGCUGAACGGAAUUGAUUGUCGAUUGUGUACAACUGAAUCGAUCCAACUUCUGAACAAUCCAUUAUUGAGAUUGCUAUGUUUAUUAUUGAUUAGUGUAUAGUCUAUGCAUCACUAUUUGAGGUGUACGAUUCAUGCUGUGUGUCCUUAUGGCUUGUGAAUGUAGCACUUUACCUCUAUUGUUAUUGUAUUGUAUUGUGAAUACUUUCUUCUCUUGAAACUUC